AUGACGACUCCUUAACCUGUUCAAACUCCUCAACCUGGUCAGACCCCUCAACCUGGUCAGACUCCUUAAUCUGUUCAAACUCCUUAAUCUGUUCAAACUCCUUAAUCUGUUCAAACUACUCCUGAACCUGUUCAAACUCCUCAACCUGUUCAGACUCCUCAACCUGUUCAGACUCCUCAACCUGUUCAGACUCCUCAACCUGGCCAGACUCCUCAACCUGGCCAGACUCCUCAACCUGGCCAGACUCCUCAACCUGUUCAGACUCCUCAACCUGUUCAGACUCCUCAACCUGUUCAGACUCCUCAACCUGGCCAGACUCCUCAACCUGGUCAGACUCCUCAACCCGGUCAGACUCCCUAA